AUGCAGGCCAAAGAGCUUUGGUCUGGUUACGACAUUGAUACCGGACGUUCGUUUUUCUUCCCAUACGGCAUUGGUGGCACACUUGCUGGAGCAGCAAGCUGUUUCUUCGCCUACAUCGGAUUUGAUGGUCUGGCAACUGCUGGAGAAGAAGCAUCAGGUUCAUCUCUUUUUUCUCUAGCUUUGUAA